UUUUCCCCUCCUACUCAUGGACUCCUCAAACACGACGACGACCACCACCGCCACCUCUCCCUUCCCCUUCUCCUCCCUCAUCCCGACCAUGUACUCCACCUCAAACCCUAUCCCUAACCCUAACCCCUCACAUCCAUGGCGACUCCUACCCCCCACCUCCUCCUCCGCCGCUCCUCCGCCCCCUUCCACCUCGCCCAAGCCCACGCUGCGCUCCUCAAAGCCGGACUCGCCCACCGCCGACGCUUCCUCUCCAAGCUCGUCUCCCUCCUCGCGCUCUCCCCGCACGGGAGCCUCCCCCACGCGCGCGACCUCUUCGACUCCGCCCCGCCCCGGCUCCAGUCCCCGCCGCUCUUCGCCGCGCUCAUCCGCGCCUACGCCUGCGGCCGCGCCUUCGCCGAGUCCCCGCUCCCCGAUUUCCCCCGUAAGGGCGCCGAGCUCCAUUGCCGCGUCGUCCAUCUAGGGUUUGCGUAUGACCCAUUUGUUCAGAACUCCUUAAUCUUCAUGUACUCGAAAUGCAGUAACCUCCACGACGCGCGGAAGGUGUUCGGCGAAAUGGCCGAGAAAACCCUGGUCUCGUGGAACGCCAUGAUCGCCGCGUACGACCGAAGCGGCGACCGGGCGGCAGCGGAGCGGCUCUUCCGGGAAAUGCCUGAGAGGAAUGUGACGUCGUGGAACAGCAUGAUAGCCCGGCAUGUGCGAGCAGGGGACACGCGUGCCGCGCAGAUGUUGUUCGACGAAAUGCCUGAAAGGGACGCAAUCUCGUGGAACUCCAUGAUCGCGGUGUAUAUUCGCGCUAAGAAUCACAAGCGAGCUCUAGAGCUUUUUCGCCAAAUGCAAGCUAAUAAUAUCAAGCCUACGGAGCUUACGCUUGUUUCAGUUCUUGGGGCUUGUGCCGAGACCGGUGGGUUAGAGAUAGGGAAGGAGAUUCAUAAUUAUUUAGAAAAUAACCACAUUACAAUUGAUGGGUAUGUGGGUAAUGCUUUGAUUGACAUGUACUCAAAGUGUGGUAGCUUGAAGCUCGCAAGAAAGGUGUUUGAUGAGAUGCCUAUGAAGCAUGUUACUUGCUGGAAUUCAAUGAUCACAGGUUUGGCGGUUCACGGCCAUUGCGAAGAGGCAUUUGACCUUUUCGCCUCCAUGGUGAGGGAGCUGAAUGGUGUCGCGGAACCAAACCGUGUCACAUUUCUUGCGGUUUUAAUUGCCUGUACCCACAAGGGUUUGGUGAAGGAGGGGCAAAUUUAUUUCGAUCGAAUGGUUAAUGAGUAUAAGAUAGAGCCUGAUAUAAAGCACUAUGGUUGCAUGGUUGAUUUGCUAAGCCGAUGUGGUAUGGUUGAAGAAGCUUAUCAGAUGAUUAAGGAGAUGCCCGUCAAGGCCAAUUCGGUGAUGUGGAAAACCGUGUUGGCAGCUUGUCGAGUACAUGGGAAUGUGGAGUUGGGAGAGAAAGCAUUUAAGGAGCUUCUUGAAAUGGAUUCCAUGGGAGAUGAUGUAGUUACGAUGUCGAACAUAUAUGCAGAAACUGGCAGAUGGGGUGAUGUCAAGCGUUUGAGAAGUAGGGUGACAGGUUGUAACAUUUGGAAGCAAGCGGCUUGUAGUCAGAUCGAGCUGUUGCAUUGAAGUGGGCCACUCUUAAGCUAGAAGCAAAAUCUUCAAAUAUAAGCUUAUGUGUUCUGAGACUAGAAGCUUGUUUCUGCUUCUUACCACGGCUAGGAGCUCUGGGUCAUUAGUUUGGUCAACACCUAGCUUCUGCUUCAUGAAUGAAGCUGUAUAGUUGCACGAGUCAACCACUCCAUGGUACAGAAGACAGUUAUGUAGUUCAUUGGUUCAAGAAACGACUAUACAGAAGACUUUUUAUAAGCAUUUACGAGCAUAUCCUCCCUUGGUGAAUCUAACUCAGGAACCAAUGUUGAGUACUUACGCUUCACGAUACAGGUUGAUGCAGAUCUCUGCUUUUGCGGAAUGGUUUUUUCAGCUUUUGCUAUUUUCUCCAGCUUAACGGCUCUUAAGUGCUGAAGAUGAUUUUGUGGACUAGAGCUGCGAAAGGCGCUUUUCAUUGGAGCUUGUUAAAUCAAUGUAUAUAACUGAUCUGUUUUUGCCAAAUAGUUGGCUUCUUCAAUUGUAUGGAGAAAGAUAGAUCUAUAGACGCAAUAUUUGGCUUAGUUCCUCUGAUAUGAAUCAGUAGAUACCAUCACUGCUUGCAUUGCUUGCUGUAAACUUCCAUUCCAGUGGGAACUAAAGGAUGUGAUGCUGCUGCUUCUGUAGAAUACUAUUGUUUGUGAUUCUAUUGUUUUAUUC